AUGCAGAAGGUAUUUAAGCACACGAUCAUGGCGGAGAAGCAGGCCGCCCGCCGGCUGGCGAAAAAGAAAGACAAAUUCAAGCGGGAUGCGUGGAGGACGAACCGGGAACAGAACCAAGUGCACCGGAAAGACGAGAUCAAAACGCUGAAAGCCGCGAGGAUUUCCAGGAGGGAGGACUAUGAGCUGGGCCCGCUGGCGCCUAGGAGGGAUGUGGGUGAUAUGAAGGACUCGUACGGAACAGUCGAUAUGCAGAGGAUGCAGGGCAGGACGCUGUACGGCAAGGAGAAAUGGGACAUUUUGAACUUCUGGGGCGGGAAGCGGCUGAACCUCGCGAAGCAGGACAGGGUGGUGCUGCUGGAGGGGAGGGACAAGGGAAAGAUUGGCAAGGUGACCGAGAUCGAUAUGAAACGGGCUGAGUGCACCGUGGAAGGACUCAACAUGAUGGACAUUUCAGUCCCUUCCUACAUGAUCCCAGAAGAAGCCCCCGACAAACGCCUCAUUCGGUCUAUCGAGCAACCGAUCUCUCUGAAAUCCGUCCGCCUCGUGCACCCCCUCCCAGACCCAGAAACGGGCGUCGUCCGUGACGUAAUCGUCAAGAAGCUCGUCAGCAAGUAUUGUAGUAUCCCCAACCAAAAAAAAGGUUACUGGAUCCGCAUCAUCCCCGGCCUGAACAUCAAAGUGCCCUUCCCCAAAACCGCGCCCAAGGAACACGUGGACUGCGAGGUUGACACGCUCCCGCAGGAUGUCGACGCGAAGACGUUCGUGCCGAGCCUGCUGACGCCCCCAAUGCCGGGGAGCGUGAUCGACGAACUGCGAAAUAAGUAUUCGGUAUUCCGGACGCGCCACGAGCCGGAGUACAUUGCGCGGAAGGAGAGGGAGGAGGAGGAGAAGGAAGCGCGGAAGAAGCUAGUGAAGAAGAUGCGCACGCCGCUGAACGAAGCGAACCGCAAAGCGCGGAAGGAGAGGAAGAAGCUGGGUAAGGGAACCCUCACGCCCGAGAUGCUGGAGAAAAUUGGGCAGGUCAUCGCCAGUAAGCGAAACUUGGCUCUGGAGGGGGCGGGCAUGGAGAAGGUGGAUGCUACGCCCAUGGCGGCGUGA